CCCAAUGCGUCAAUCAUGUCGUGGUCCCUCUCUAAUCGAACGGCUGAGAGAGCUUAUGCUGUGUGGUAGCCUUCGUACGUAGUACUUAGAUAUAGGACACCGUGUCAAAUUCAUGAACAACCACCACCUUUAUUAUUUCUGCACUACAUGACAGACAACACUCUCUCUCUCUCCUCCAGAUUUCAAUAUUACCACCCCUGAACCUCAAAUAUCAGUUCUUGUUAUUGUUCUUCGUUUUCUUCUUUCAGGCCUUCAUCUCUCUACAUGAUGAUGGCUGGAAAAUGUCCACUGAAAUGGCUGUUACUGUCUCUUCUAUGCCAUCUAACCGUCACCCUUGCUGUCACUACGACUGUCCCGUCACCAAAGAAGACGUAUAUUGUUCAUAUGGACAAGUCGGAGAUGCCUGCAGAUUCCUUCGCCGACCACCUCGACUGGUAUGCAUCUACUCUUAAGUCAGUCGUGGCCAACCCUGACUCGGCGGAGGAUGAUAAUACAGCAGGAGAAGCUGCGCAGCGGAUGAUGUACAGUUACGAAACAGCUUUUCAUGGCUUUGCUGCCAGGCUCAGUGAAGAAGAAGCUGAGAGAAUGGAAGAGGGACUUGGUGUACUGGGCGUAUUCCCGGAAACUGUCUACCACCUACACACCACGAGGAGUCCAAUGUUCCUGGGGCUCGAAACGGAAGACAGUACUAGCGUCUGGUCUGAUGCUUUGACCGAUCAUGAUGUGAUAGUGGGAGUGCUGGAUACUGGAAUAUGGCCGGAGAGUCCAAGCUUCAAUGAUACGGGCAUGAGUCCAGUCCCUCCACGUUGGAAGGGUGCUUGUGAGACGGGCCGAGGCUUUACGAAACAUAACUGCAAUAGGAAGAUCGUCGGUGCCCGGAUCUUCUACCGUGGCUAUGAAGCGGCUUCCGGGAAGAUCAACGAGCAAGAUGAGUAUAAAUCGCCGAGAGAUGAAGAUGGACACGGUACCCACACGGCAGCCACUGUUGCAGGCUCCCCUGUGGAAGGUGCAAACCUUCUGGGCUACGCUCGAGGGACAGCCCGAGGAAUGGCACCCAAGGCAAGAGUGGCAGCUUACAAGGUUUGUUGGGCUGGUGGGUGUUUCAGCUCGGAUAUUCUUUCGGCAGUCGACCGUGCUGUGGCCGAUGGUGUUAACGUCUUGUCGAUCUCCCUAGGAGGCAGUGUGUCUUCCUAUUAUCGUGAUAGUUUGUCAAUAGCCACUUUUGGGGCCAUGGAGAUGGGUGUUUUUGUUUCCUGCUCUGCAGGAAAUGGAGGACCUGAUCCCAUCAGCCUUACCAAUGUAUCUCCGUGGGUCACCACGGUUGGAGCCAGCACCAUGGACAGGGAUUUCCCGUCCAUGGUAAAACUGGGGAAUGGCCAGAUGUUGUCUGGGGUCUCACUCUACAAAGGCCGGAGAAUUCUGUCAACAAAGCAGCAGUACCCACUGGUUUACAUGGGGAGCAAUUCGAGCACCCCCGAUCCAAGCUCCUUAUGUCUUGAGGGAACUCUAGAUCCACAUUCUGUGGUGGGGAAGAUUGUGAUAUGCGAUCGUGGUGUCAGCCCAAGAGUAGAUAAGGGUCGGGUGGUGAAAGAAGCAGGAGGAAUGGGCAUGAUCCUGGCCAACACUGCGGCCAACGGGGAAGAGCUUGUUGCCGACAGUCACCUUCUUCCGGCAGUUGCACUAGGGGCAAAGGCCGGAAAAGCUGUCAAGCAAUACACGCUAACAAAUUCUCACCCAACUGCAACUCUAGCCAUUCUUGGGACCAAGUUGGGUAUCCGGCCUUCGCCGGUGGUGGCAGCAUUCUCAUCCAGAGGUCCCAACUUCCUCACCCCCGAAAUUCUGAAGCCUGACUUGGUAGCACCCGGUGUGAACAUCCUUGCAGCAUGGACUGGUAAAGCAGGGCCAUCGGGUUUGCCGUCUGACCACAGGAGAGUGAGGUUUAACAUCUUGUCCGGGACCUCUAUGUCAUGCCCGCAUGUUAGUGGGGUUGCUGCCUUGCUCAAGGCUAGACAUCCAGAAUGGAGUCCGGCUGCAAUCAAAUCAGCUCUGAUGACCACAGCUUACGUUCACGAUAAUGCAUACCACCCACUCAGAGAUGCCUCAACUGGUGCACCUUCAAAUCCCUUCACCCAUGGGGCUGGUCAUAUAAACCCAUUGAAAGCUCUUGACCCUGGCCUAGUUUAUGACAUGGGUGUGCAGGAUUAUUUUGAAUUCCUCUGCACACAGAAGUUAACCCCACUGCAACUCAAAGUCUUCACCAAAUCUUCGAAUAGAUCCUGCCGACACAUUCUAGCAAACCCGGGCGAUCUCAAUAACCCAGCAAUCUCUGCCGUCUUCCCAGAGCAGUCAUCCGUAUCUGUCUUGACUCUUCACAGGACUGUCACCAACGUUGGGCCCCCUAUCUCAACAUACCAUGCCAAGGUCUCACAGUUCAAAGGUGCUUCCGUGGAAGUGGAGCCAAGAACUCUCCACUUCACAAGCAAAAACCAGAAACUGUCAUACAAGAUCACCUUCACCACAAAAACUCGCCAACCAAUUCCAGAAUUUGGAGGUUUAAUGUGGAGUGAUGAAAAACGCAAAGUAAGAAGUCCAAUAGUAAUCACAUGGAUGGCACCAAUGUAAGUUAUUGACAGGAAUUUUGAUGUGAAUCUAGAAGUAAACACCGUAACACAAUAAAUAGAUGUAGCUUAAAGAGUCCUGAGGCUCGUCCAUUUUUAUUUCA